AUGACUCUAAUAGGUGCGGUACUAGUUCUUCUGAUAUGUGCGUCGGCAAAUGCAACGUGGAUGAAGGACCUGGUGUCGCCGAACGGCUUAGAUCUUUACCAAGGAUUAAAGGCGAAGCUGCACGACACCGGUGAUGUGAACGCCACGUUUUUGCAGCGGGUGUCGUUGAGUGUGGACUAUGGGGGUGUUGGGGUCAGUGUCGGGAGGAGCGCGACCGCAGAUGAUUUCGAGCUUAAUUUUCAUGUUAACGAGGUUGUAGAAGGAAGACACAAGAAGAAAGACAUGACCAUCCCGUUCCUGAUCGGCUUCAAGGCGGCCAGCAUGGUGACGGCCAUCCUGGGCAGCAUAAAACUGUUGGUGGUCAAAUCGCUGAUGGUCGCCAAGAUAGCGCUCCUCGCCUCCACGGCCAUAUUGAUGAAGAAGCUGUUCCAGUCGGAGGGCCACCAUCCGCCCGAGAUCGAGAUCGAGCACCACGCCUCGGAGCACAUCCCAGUUUACGCCGAUUACGGACAGCACGGAGGUGGAGUGGGAGGAGGCGAAUACGGAGCUGCUUAUCAUCCCAGCGGGGGUGGAUAUUACUCCUACAACAAUUAUGUGCCGAGUGCCGGUUCGACGGGUGCUGAAUCGGUGGUCAAUUAUUCCACCGUACAGGCACAAGGAAACGCCACGGCCGUCAAUCAGAUUGGGGGAGGAAACAUAAAACGGAAAGACCUGUCCAGACGGAAAUACAAACCUUCCCCAACUAUACUAACUAUACGAUACUAA